ACUUCACAAGCCGCGGCGUAUCGCACACACGCAUUCGGCGGGGUCCAUCGAGAUACUUAUCUCCGUACGACGCGCCGGGGAAACAAUGUUAACGAGUCUGUCGUGAGAAAUCCGUCGGAUCGCUGAUUCCACGAUUCCUCCGGAAAAAAAGAGCGCCGGGAGAGAAUCGAAAACGGGGAAUCUCCUUUGUUCGAUUGCGAGAUCGUGAGAGGUGCUCGAUUCCCGGGUGCGCGUCUGAGACUCCAGGGGUUGUACUGCACCCCCUUUGCGCGAUAACGAGCGAAACGGACGCUGCACGCUCGCGGGUACGUUCGGUCCGGCGUUUCUCGCUUCCGCUCGCGAUCGAAGCGGAGAAACUUGAGCCCGACUCGACGUGGAUAUCGCUCGGCGACAGCAACGUUGUCGCCGACGGGGUGUGCAUAUGUGCGCGUAUGUGUGUACGCCGGGUGGUGCGCGAGACGUAACGGGCAGGGUGGUCGGCAGGAAGCACGAUGUUCCCGUGGUCUGCGGAAGAUGCGAGAGAAGUGAAUUACGAUAAAUUCGCCGGGUGAAUCCGCGAACAGCGGCGCACUUGCACACGCACGUAGACACGCGCGCACGUACGCGUCAUUUCAUCCCCGACCGGGAUAACGAUGCUGUUGUCAGGAGGAUAUCGCCGACGACUUCCCUGAACGUUCGUCGUCAGCGCUAAUUUCGAGUCUGCAGUCAGCGACAAAGUGCAAGAUAAAGUGAUAUGUUAACCGAAGACAAUGAUCCGACAAAACCAGCAGGUGUCUUAGACAAUGCUGGCAACGUGUCUUCCUCAACAGAAGCCUCGGUGCAGCAUCCUCGCGCCGCAAAUAAUGAGACCGAAGUUAAGAACGAGGUGCAGGACUGCCCCGAAAAUGACAGCGUACCCGGCGGAGAGCUGUACAUCGACGAGAAUGCCGAGGAGAAGGAGCAAGAGUAUCCGGAUUCGAUGGAAAAGACGGAUUAUGGAUCCCUGUACGGCGCGAAUCAAUAUUACAACAGUUUGUACAACUCGCCGUCUUACGGAUCGACGACAGCCGCGAAGAACGCGUCGAGCUUGCAGAGCUCGUAUCUAAGCUCCUACACAUCGUCGAGCUCGAUGACACAGUAUCCGUCCUAUGCUGGUUACAACAGCGGGACGACAACUUUCCCGAACGUGGCGCAAAAUAUAUCGUCGGCCUCCCAGAAGUUAGAUUAUAGCGCUUACAGUAGUAGUUUGUACACGAACGACAGGGUACCGCUUCAAUAUUCCGGAUAUUAUCCCGUACCUGGUUAUCACGCGCCGCCGACGUCAUUCAACAUCGGAAAUCUCAAUUUUGCUGAAGAUUCGACGAAAUCUGCGCUUACGUUAGACCCAACGACGCACGACGCGAGUGAUCUCACCGCACGGGAAACCGCAAAUAUCGAAGUAGCAACGACGAAGCCAUGCAGGCGCGGAAGGAGACAGAGCGGAAGCGGAAACAGUAUCGGCUCUGCGGACACGACGGAGGCCGGACCCGAGCGUAUAUUCAUAUGGGAUCUCGACGAAACCAUAGUCGUGUUUCACUCGUUGAUAACCGGGCAAUUCGCCACGAAGCAUGGUAAAGAUCCGACCCGUCUGGCUCAAGUAGCUUACAGAAUGGAAGAGAUGAUAUUCAGUCUGGCGGACACACAUUUUUUCUUCAACGACAUCGAGGACUGCGAUCAAGUGCAUAUAGACGAUGUUUCGUCGGACGACAACGGGCAGGAUUUGUCGUCAUACAAUUUUGCGACCGACGGUUUUCAGUGCGCGUCCACGAAUAACGGAAUAUGCCUAGCGUCCGGGGUGCGCGGUGGCGUCGAUUGGAUGAGAAAGCUGGCGUUUCGCUAUCGCAAGAUCAAGGAGGUCUAUUGCAAUUAUCGCAACAAUGUAGGCGGCCUUCUGGGCACGACGAAGCGUGAACAGUGGCUGCAGCAACGUUCGGAAAUCGAGGCAUUGACCGAUAAUUGGUUGACGUCGGCCGUGAAGUGUCUAAAUAUUAUCAAUAAGAGAAGUCAUUGUAUCAAUAUUUUAGUGACGACCUCGCAGCUGGUGCCCGCGCUCUCUAAGGUUCUGCUUUUUGGCAUCGGUGGUAUAUUCCCUAUAGAGAAUAUAUAUUCAGCUUCCAAAAUCGGAAAGGAAAGCUGUUUUGGUAGAGUGGUCGCUCGAUUUGGCCGUAGGUGUACGUACGUGGUGAUAGGCGACGACUCGGACGAGGAAACGGCAGCGCGAGCACACAAUUUUCCUUUUUGGAGGAUAAACAGUCAUUCGGACACUCAAGCUCUUUAUAAUGCCUUAGAAAUGGGAUUUCUUUAAUCAAGCAAAUUGAUAUAGAGAGAACGUUCUCAGCCAGGAAAUGUGUUUCGGUCGUAUGAUGCGUACUUCUGUGCAACCAACAAGGAAAUCUAGAGACAAGACUAUGCUUACACUCUUCUUUCCCUCUGGAGCAACUCUUAUCAGUUCUAUAACUUAUCGCGUGUAAUAUAUGUGAAGGGGGAGGAUCGACACCACCACACAAUUGUCAUGGCUACAUUCGCCAGUAUCGAAAUAUUCCAUGUGCUCGGUCGGAUGCCUCGUCCGCAAGUGAUAUAGAAUGAAAGUAAGAAUUUAGUGAUAACGCGCGGACAAAUUCGAAAAAAAUGAAAGAUUUAUGUAUAAUGUGAUUUUUUUUCGGCGAGUUCCGGCUCUUAGUCAUGUGUAUCAUACAAACUGAAACGGAUUCUGUGCAACCAAUAUCGUUCAUGUACUUAAGCGCAUUACGUUUGCAUACCUUCACUUCCGAAUGACGAAUGAAUAAUGGUGAAAUCAAACGAUUUUUACGAUACCGAAUUGUACGGCGACAGAUUUUUUAGUAAAGCACAGCGUUUGUUAUUGUUGUCUUUUCACACGGUUUGUUCUGUACGAGAUUUUCCAUCAUUCCACAAACUAGUAUUGUAAUAAUCGUAACACAACUGCGCGCAAAUUUAACUGCGGACAAUUCAACAAUUCGUUAUAUUUUCAUUAAUUGUCUAUAUAUAUAUAUGUGUUCGUCAUGCCACGUGUACUUUCAACAUUCCUUUAGUCUCUUUAUGUCGCAAAUAUAACUAUAAGCAGCAUUAAUUAUGUAUAUUUUGAAAGUAUCCAUAUCAAUAUACACAUUACCACAUGAUGCUCUCACUGGACACAAAUGCACUACAAAAAGUAUUUAUAUAUUUGUAAAGAUAUUAUAUAGUUAUUACCGUAUUUUGGAAUUGUACAAGGCUAUCUGACAAACGGAAAAAAUGCAUUAAUAUAAUAAAAACAGGAACGGAAUAGUA